CUUACCUUCUCUUUGUUACGAUGCUGACUGGUUACGUCAUCGUAGUCCCGCCUAGUUACUAUGUGCGACACGCCAACCAGAGUGCGGGGGUAUCUUGGUUCGUCAACGGCGAACAGAGAUGGACUGCAGGGUUCCAUGAAGCUACGAUAUUCUUCUUUGGUCGCAUCGGUGAUUGGAUCAUACUGGUUCUAUCCUUGAUCAACCUGCUUCGGGAGGUAUCUCAGUUGCUUGUUCUAAGGGGAUCUUACUUUUCCUUCGUGAACCUAAUCGAGUGGUCUCUGUACGUCCUGGCCAUUCUCCUUGUCUUGCCACUUAGCGGGGUCCAGUACUUAAAGGGGGUUAGCCUACGACUGGAUUGGCAAUGGCAGUGCGGUGCAGUGGCUGUCUUCCUGGCAUGGAUCAAUCUCAUUCUCUUCAUUCGUCGCUUUUCGGGACUGGGAAUUUACGUCAUCAUGUUCGUAGAUAUUCUUCGGACAUUCAUGAAGUUCGUCCUCAUUCUCAUCCUCUUUGUCGUCGCCUUUGCGAUGGCUUUUUACACACUCCUCAUGAACCAGCAACCCUUCCACAGCGUACAGUACUCCUUCGCCAAGACCUUUGUGAUGAUGAUCGGAGAGCUAGACUUUGGGACCAUCUUCCACAGCCAGAACUAUCUGGGUACGGAGAACACUUUGGCCGAUGGUGAAGAAGACUUCUUCCUCACUUCUGUCUUUUACAAAGGCGUCACGUAUACCACCUUCCUUCUGUUCCUCGUCAUCAUGUCCAUCCUCAUCAUGAACCUCCUGGUUGGUCUGGCUGUUGAUGACAUUCAUGCAAUUCAAGAAAAGGCAAAGCUUCAUCGUUUAGUAAUGCAGGUGGAACUGGUGAUGGAGUUGCAAGGUGCCCUCCCAAUCUUCAUUUGGCGUUCGGCUGUCAUCAGGUUUAAACGCUUCAAUCCCAAUGGGUCGUGCUGCAGCGGACUGCAGAAGUGGUACCAUACGCUGACUGGAGAUCAGAAACUCCUACGACAUGCCAUUCAGGUUUCCAACAAGACUACUGCACAGGGCGGAUUCAUGCAUCAGGAAGUCACCACCGAUCAACUGUUCACCAACCUCAAGUAUCGCUUGAAGAAGAUCGAUACCAAAGUGGAGACAGUGAGCGAAAGGGUCGAAGAAGAGGGUCCAAAGAUUGCUAAAAUCAGCGUCGAGCAGGAACAGAUGAAGGAGCGCUUUGAACGCCUAGAGAACAAAAUUGAUGCUCUCUUGAACCACAUCAAGGUGAAAUGGGAUGAUGAGUCAAAGACGGAUGCGAAAUAAAUGAGGAUGAGCGAUUCCAAUUGUUCUUGAAUUAGUGACAACGGCCAUGCAA